AACUGAUAACAAUAGAGGGCGACAUUCUUACAAAAACAACGUGUCUAAUUUUCCUGCAUGUGCUGCAUGCGGCUGCGGUAAAAGUGCGGGAUACAUACAUCAAGCGCAAGGAGCUGAACAUUUAGCGGACGAAUUAAUUAAGUAAAAAAAGCAGAAAGGCAGUGUAUGAUAGAGGUGUAAAAACAAGACAGACUCUGUUUUACACCAUGUCUUCAGCCAACCAAGAACCAGCAUUUGUCGUUCUCCACACAAGCAUGGGCAAUAUAAAAGUGGAAAUGUACUGGUUGCACGCCCCUAAAACCUGCAAAAACUUUGUGGAGCUGGCCAGACGAGGCUACUAUAAUGGUGUCAUAUUCCAUCGCAUCAUUCCAAACUUUAUGGUGCAAGGCGGUGAUCCAACGGGCACAGGGCGUGGAGGGGCAUCAAUCUACGGCCGGACAUUUCCAGACGAGAUCCAUCGUGAUCUUGUCCACUCUGGAGCUGGUGUCCUGUCCAUGGCCAAUGCUGGUCCCAACACUAACGGCAGUCAGUUCUUCAUUACGCUGGCUCCCUGCCAGGAGCUGGAUGGUAAACAUGCCAUCUUUGGCCGUGUUGCGGAGGGACUUGGGGUGGUGAAGCGCAUGGGAAUGGUGGACACGAACACAGAGGAUAGACCAACUGAGGAAGUGAAGAUCAUGCGGGCAUAUCCAGUCGUUUGACCCUUGAUGUCGGAUAAUAGGAUUUCCUUUUGUAGUCUGAAUGGAGGCAUUAACAAUGGCUUAUAAUAAGCUAUUGUUGGCAUCUCAAACACUGUUUGAACAAAAAAUGUACAUGUAUAGGGUGACUCAGACUGAAAAAAAGGUUGAAAUUACCGUCAGACAUUCAAGGACGUAAAUCCGGGGGGGGGGGGGGGGGGGCUAUUGAAACCCCACCCCCCAUGAUUUUGGUGUUGAACAUUUUUAAAAAAAAUUGUUGUAGCCAAUCCGAAAAAAAGUAACAUUUGUAAAGUGCUCAUAAAACAGUGCCACUAAUGUCGCAGAUUUGCCUUUAUGCAGUUUACAGAACAGCGCCACCUAGUGUCGAAUGGUGUCCAUUCCCCCCCCCCCCCCCCCCCCCCCCCCCAGAUUUUCGAAUUUGCAGCCUCUGGGAAAGUCUCUAUUUUGGGGAGGAGGGCCAAUCAAUCCCCCAGUCUUCAACAUGGAUUAAUUUUGCCACUACAGGCAUCAAACAGUUUUUCCAGCAAUUUCACAAUACAUUGUACAGGUAUUCUUCCAAACAAAAACAGAUGUACUCACUCAAACAUUAAACAUUUGCUACAUGUUAGGUUGCUACAGGCAUGCAACUGUGAAGUCACACACAAAAAAAGGAAAUUUUAAUUUUCCAAGACUUUGUAGGAGUGUUUCUAUUGUUGUUGCACACACGGGAAGUAAUAAUAGGGGAAAUCAGCUGAAGGUUGCAUGCCUGUUGCUAAAACAAGCGGCUACUUUUUUGUUACCUUGUAAUUUUUGUGUUAUCUGUUUUAUCCCUUUUUUGAAUUUGUAGUUCAAGUGAGAACACUUCCGCAGAUAGUGGUGCAAAACGUCCUCUAUACAUGAUGUAUUGCACAUUUUGAAAUGGACCUCUAGCACUAGUACUAGGCUCUGCUAUAAAAUACAUGUAUGAUUCCUUGGCACAUGUACCUGCAACCAGCCUACGUAAAGAUUUUUAAGACCGUUAGUUUAUUUAAUAUUCGUCUGUGUACGCAUUUCGUAAUUGAAGGAGAUAUUUUCUCAUGUACUGUACAUGUAGAUUGCAAUAUACAUGUAAUGUGUGUCUGCCCAUCUGUUUUAAUGUACUUUUUAGGUUUUUAUGAUUUACAUUUUGGAAAGAUUCCCAUAUCUGGCCAUCAGUAAUUUUUCCCUUGAAUGACCCAUCAGCCACCAAUUUUGAAUUUACUGAGCAAACAAUGUAAUGUAAAUACAAUGUAAAUACAAUGAACAUGUACAUGUGUUGUUUGUUUCUCAAUAUUGCAUGCUUGAUAUCGGAUAAACCAUUGCUUUGUUUACGUUUAUAACAUGCA